CCACAUCCGCUGAGCCACCCCACGCGGCCUGCAACCGUGCAGAAGGCCUCGGUCCCGAUUCUCGCCUUGCCCACCAGCAGCCCACCACCAGUGGCUACACGGCCCCUAGCGAUGGCGCCAAUGGCUCGUUGUCGGUCAAUUAGUGCGCAAAUGCCACAUCCGCUGAGCCACCCCACGCAGCCUGCAACCGUGCAGAAGGCCUCGGUCCCGAUUCUCGCCUUGCCCACCAGCAGCCCACCACCACCUGCAACCGUGCAGAAGGCCUCGGUCCCGAUUCUCGCCUUGCCCACCAGCAGCCCACCACCUGUGGCUACACGGCCUCUAGUGAUGGCGCCAAUGGCUCGUUGUCGGUCAAUUAGAGCACAAAUGGUAUCGCCAUGGCCAGCCACUUCCGCUGAGCCACCCCAC